UGCGUUCUUCCUUGCCCGCUGUCAAAUCCGCCCGGACGACCCGGCAUAGUCUGUCUGCCAGUGCAACCACUUCUUCCGAGGCCUACCGCCGCUUUUCUUCAAUACUGCUCGCUACGUUAACCACUCCCCUACGACGAUACGCAAUGUUGAAGUUCGCCUUGGUCGUGCUGCUCACAUCGGCCUAUGUCGCAUGCCAGAUAGCCAACUUUUUCGAAGGUUGCGUUGAAAAACCGGAGGAGGAACAAAAGCCUGGUGACUGCGUCAUCGCGCCCCAAAGUUGGCUUACCACAAACACGUACCAAUACUUCGCGCACCAAGCCCUGGAGAACGGCACUAUUCAACCGGAUGAGGGAAACCUGAACACUCUUCUUAAUGUGACUCGUGCAGCAGCUCAACUGUCCAAUGGCCUUAUAAUUAGACUCGAGUUCACGACCGUCAAGAGCGCCUGCAACAGCUCGGUCGCCUACUCCGAGAAUCGGUGCCCACCAAUUGGAAAUGAGGCCAACGGUCAGUGUCAGGCUAGGUUUCGGUACUAUGGCCAUCUGAGGCUUCAAUAUGCCUGGUGUGGUCCUGUCGGCGGAUAGUGGCUUGCGGCUUUUACACAAAGCGCAGUAUCUUCUUUUUUUUUUUUUUAUUCUGGCACAAAACGUCACGUGACAAGCUCUCAGGCGCAGCAUCAGCGCAAUUUUAGGCAUUCAAUAAAGCUCAUCAUCGCUGUUU